AUGUCGAAUAACCCUCCACCGAUCCCAGAUGUCGCUUCGUGGGCAAGGAAUUUAACCGAUAAGUACACAGAUUGCAUCAACAGCAAACGGACAGACGCCCUUACCGCACGGACACGGAACCUCUCGCUCGACUCUCCCGUACCAUCGUCGUCGUCCUCGCAGAAGACCAGCAGCAGCAGCAGAACCGCCUCCGACUCGAAGGGCUCGUCGAGAUCGUCCGAGAAGCCUCACUCGUCCUCGUCGCGUACCUCGUCCUCGCGUACCCACUCGUCGCAGACUUCGUCGUCGUCGCAUGGCCUACGGAAAUCCAAAUCUAAGUUCGCUCUGAGUUCGUCGUCAACUUCACGGGAACCGGAAGUGGGAGCCGACGGCCUACCCGGCUACUCAGCUCGGUCGUCGGCCAAAGUACCAACUCCGCCUUCGGACCCCAAUUCGAUAAAAUUCCAGAACGUCUUGCGACAACUGGCUACGGUACCGCAGCGAUAUGAAAACCCCGGGUUGUUGGAUGAGGCUUUGAAUGUGAUUCCUUUGGCCAGGAUCUAUGCGGAGGCGGAAGAGGAGAGCCAAAUUAUGCAGGUCGAAGCUAUGAGCUUGGGGAAGGAGAAGGCGAAAUGGGGCUAUCAGGAUUGUGUCAUCAUGGCUUUGCUCAAGUGGUUCAAAAGGGAUUUUUUCACCUUCGUUGGUGACCCACCAUGUCAGAAAUGCUAUGCGGAACGACGGCCAUACGACACCAGGCUGGUUGGCCCGGUUCCUCCGACACCAGAAGAGAAAGCAAGGGGUGCGUCUCGCGUCGAGCUCUACGAGUGCAAGAGCGAGCACUGCAGUAAUCAGGAACGGUUCGCUCGCUACAGCGACGUCUGGACCUUGAUGCAGGAGAGGAGGGGCCGCUGCGGGGAGUGGGCGAACGUGUUUUCGAUGCUUUGCCGGGCCGUCGGCAGCAGAGUGCGAUGGGUAUGGAAUAGCGAGGACCACGUCUUCACUGAAGUCUUUUCGGUUCACCAUAACCGAUGGAUUCACGUCGACGUGUGCGAGGAGGCCUUCGAUAACCCUCUCCUAUACACGGAAGGAUGGAGUAAGAAGAUUGGAUACUGCAUCGCUUUCUCCCACGAUGGUGCAUCGGAUGUCACUCGGCGAUACGUCCGCAACCCACGCACCCAUGGCAACCCUCGGACAAAAUGUCCUGAGGAUGUACUUUUGUACAUCUUAAACGACAUUCGCGCCAAGAAGCGUGCAGGCAUGAGCCCAACCGACCUUAAGCGGUUGGAGAGGGAGGACCGAGAGGAGGAGAAGGAACUUCGGACGAUCGAGCUCCAGUCGAUGAUAGCCGACGGUCUGAUCGAAUCGAAGCGUUCGCGCAGAGGGGAGAGCGAGAGGGAGAAGCGUCCUCGGCAGAGUGGCACCGUCGAUUGGGCCCGUCGAAGAGGCGAGGACGGAACAAUACUCCAAGAACAGUCGUCGCCAUUAGAGGACCACCGCAUGGAACAAGACGGACACUGA